AUGGCGCAAACUAUUAAGGACUUGGAAAGUCGCGUAUCGCAUGCGCAUGAGGAGCUAACCGAUGUAACCGACCAACUAUUGACCUGUAAUGGAUCAGACAGAUGUCCCAGCAGCAGUCCAAGAGGCAUUUACAAAAUAAAAUUACCCGGAAUAACAUACUUUGAAGUUCCAUGCGAUGAAGAUGGCUGGAUGACCAUUCAAAGGCGUAUAGAUGGAUCUCAGGACUUCAAUCGGACGUGGGAGGACUAUAAGAACGGAUUCGGAGAUGUAAAAGGAGAGUUUUUCCUCGGGCUUGAGAAAUUACAUCGACUGACUGAUGCAGGUCAAUACGAACUUAAUAUUAGAAUUGGCGACGUUUUUGGAAAUACCACCUCCGCGCAUUACUCCAAUUUCAAGAUUGGAUCCGAAGAAGAAUCGUAUCCGCUUACCGACAUGUUUGGCCAAUAUAAAGAAAGUCCAGCCGGACACGCCCUAAUUUACAAUAUAGGAAAACAGUUCAGCACGUUUGAUCGUGAUAACGACAAAUCUGAUAUAAAUUGCGCACAAAAGUACGGCGGUGGUUGGUGGUACGAUAAAUGUGGAAUCAGUUCCCUCAAUGCAUUUUACUUUAAAGUUGGAGAGUUUAAAAAAGAAGGUUAUGGUAUUCAUUGGGGUACCUGGACCAAGAACGCCCACAAAGAAUCACUAACCUUUGUGGAAAUGAGAAUUCGUCUUAAGAUAAAUACGCCCUCAGCCUAA